GCGCGCCGGCAGUUCGGCCACGUCCCCGGCCACGUCGCGCCCGCUCUCGCCAUCUUCGCCGCUUCCUCUCAGGCGCCGCCGAGCUCCGGGUCGCCGCGCCGCCCGCCGCCGCCAUGAACAUCUUCCGGCUGACAGGGGACCUGUCCCACCUGGCGGCCAUCGUCAUCCUGCUGCUGAAGAUCUGGAAGACGCGCUCGUGCGCCGGUAUAUCUGGGAAAAGCCAGCUUCUCUUUGCACUGGUCUUCACUACCCGUUACCUGGAUCUUUUUACUUCAUUUAUUUCAUUGUAUAAUACAUCUAUGAAGCUGAUCUACAUUGCCUGCUCCUAUGCUACCGUGUACCUGAUCUACAUGAAGUUCAAGGCAACCUAUGACGGGAAUCACGACACCUUCCGAGUAGAGUUUCUGGUGGUCCCUGUGGGAGGCCUCUCAUUUCUCGUUAAUCAUGAUUUCUCUCCUCUGGAGAUUCUGUGGACCUUCUCCAUCUACCUGGAGUCAGUGGCCAUCCUUCCCCAGCUGUUCAUGAUCAGCAAGACAGGGGAAGCGGAGACCAUCACCACCCACUACCUGUUCUUCUUGGGCCUCUACCGCGCUUUGUAUCUGGUCAACUGGAUCUGGCGCUUCUACUUCGAGGGCUUCUUUGACCUCAUUGCUGUGGUCGCUGGAGUUGUCCAGACAAUUCUUUAUUGCGACUUCUUCUACUUGUACAUCACAAAAGUCCUCAAGGGAAAGAAGCUCAGUCUGCCAGCAUAAGUGCCAGCGAACAUCCCCAGCAUCUGUCCUUCAGGGUGCUCGGACAGAAUUCUUACCACAGCAGAGGCACAAGAUGCUUGAGACAGAAAAGCAGAAACUUCACUCUUUGGUUGCAGAUAGUCAUCCGUGGCUCUGGAAGAACCCAGACAAAAAAGAACCAGAAGGUUUCUGUUUUAUGCAUCUUGCCUUAUCUUUUUUUAUUACUAUGUACAAAGAUUUUUUUACACAAAGAAACCUAAUGCUGUAUUAAUAAAUCCAGUGUGUAGCUUCAAUUGGGGUAGUCCUAAAAGUGAAGAUUUGUGAGGAAUAAGUGCAAACUUUUUUUAAUUCUUUGAAAUGAUUGAUUUUUCUUCUGUGUCUGCAAUGAAAUUAUAUUCCUUGACAGUUGGUAGAUUACAUAUUCUUUCAUCUAUCAAACUUGCAUUCCUCUAUAUUUAUUUUAUUUUAUUUUACCAAAAAGCAAAGUUAUCUUGUUUGCAUCUGAGACACACUACUUUCCAUUUGGAAUCUCCGUCCUAGUAUCUCCUCCCAGGGGCGUCCUGUGAGGAUGUCACUACACUACGUUUCCAGCUGUCAAGAGCACUUCCAAGUCUCCAGCUUUUCUCGACCAACAUUUAGAAUCUCAAUGUAGAUGGCGUCUCAUUUCAGUGUCACCAAAGGUGCCUGCCCUACUCCCCUGCUAAGCAGUGUCAGUUUGAGUCUGUCCCAAGCUUGUUGGAAACAUUUAAUUGUGGGAAGCCAUCUUGCAUGUGGGUCUUUAGGAACACGUUGAUGAUUUGGGUUUAGGACUCUGUUCCCCCAGGAAGGGAACAUAAGUUGUGACUUGAAUUUACAGUCUGAAAAGAUUACUGCAGCCAUGUCCAUGCUCAGACUCAAAAUGCUUUUCUUAACACUUCUGGGUAGUACGAUUGACAUUUUUCUUUCAUCGCAGCACCAAUUGCCAUUCCUUAUGCUCUUAUUUUUUGUUGUUUUGACUGAGCUCUUGCAUGAUUUAUCUUGUGUUACCAUCCCAAAUAAACAUUUUGUUAAACAUAGAAUUGUCUUUUUCAUGAAUUAGGCUUUUGAAACAUCCUGUAUCAGGAUGAUUCUUUUCUCAAUUGGCAAUAAAAGUUCUAGGGAAGGAGCUGGAACGAUAGCACAGUGGGUAGGUUACUUGCUUUUGCUUGCCUUGCACACAGCCAACUGGGUUUGGGUUUGAUUAUGGCACCCCAUAAAGCUCCCCAAGCCCUACCAGGAGUGAUUCCUGAGCUCUGAGCCAGGUGAGUCUUGAGCACCGCUGGAUGUGACCCCAAAACAAAAAGCUCUGGAGGGCUGCAGAACAUUUGUUUAGUUAUCUGAACCUGUCUUUUGUAGGGAAAUUGACACUAUCCUGGUUUUGCCAUUGGAUUGAUUUUGACUACAUUGUUUAAUACAAAAAUAGAUGACUUGUUUCUUAUGUGGGGCACUAUUGACUUUAAAGUGUUGGAUGCUGACAGUGCUUACUAAAGGAGUAGUACGCUUGCUUGCUGCACUCAAGUACCUUGUGGUGAGCCGAGUAGGAUUCAUUGUUCCUGGUCUUUGUUAGGAGAUGUAACCACACCCUCAUGCGCUUUGGACUCCGCUCCCCAGGAGUGGAACAUAAAUUACUGUUUGUGACUUGAAUUUACAACCCCAAAAGAUUACUGCAGCCAUGUCCAUGCUCAGACUUGGGCGUUUCUCCUUGACUUGCAGCACCAGUCCCCAGUCUCCUUCACUCACAUCACUUUCCUCCCUGUUUUCUGGUUUCUGUAUUUUCAUCCUCCUCAGAAGAUUCUGAGUGUGUGCAGGAAGGCUGGGAAAUCCUUCCUGAGACCAGGGGGAGUAGCUCACGCCUCUUUUGUGCAUGUCAGUCAAACCCAAGCUGGGCCCAUGCAUUGGAGAGCACGGUGCAUCCAAGGAGCUGGAACCUCCGCAUGAAGAACCCCUGCCUUCUCCAGUUGCUCCACCCAAGACACCACGAUCAUUCGCAGCCUGUCAGGACAGUGUCUAAACGAACAGUGUGCCUGGGUGUGAGUGUGGGGCCGGCCAAGUCCUCAGCACACGGUGCACGCCUGCUGCAAGAAGCACUGGUUCAGUUAUUUUCACAUCCUCAAUAAAGAUUAUCAGGUAAAUCUUU